AUGGCUGUGAUACCAGACCGUCGAGCUCUCUAUGACUUCGACUGGCAAGGAGUGAAGCCACCCGGCCAUCACUUGAAAGAUCUUGUGAUCUAUGAGACUCAUGUGCGAGGAUUCACCCGGAACCCGGACAGCAAGCUGCAGGAUUGGGACGCUACAGCAGGUACAUUCCUAGGCUUCAUUCAGAAGAUCCCCCACUUGCUAAAGCUCGGAAUCAACGCAGUGGAGCUGCUGCCAGUCUACGAGUUCGAUGAGACUGCCUGCCCGAGGAAGAAUCCACACAACGGCGAGCAGCUUUGCCACUUUUGGGGCUACUCCACAGUCAACUUCUACGUUCCGAUGCAGCGAUUCUCCUCCAGAGAUCGGAUUGGCGCCGCAAUCGUCGGCUUUAAGACAAUGGUGAGAGAGCUGCACCGCGUGGGCAUCGAAGUGAUUCUCGACGUGGUCUUCAAUCACACCGCCGAAGGUGCAUGGGGCGAGCACCAUUGGCACAGCUGGGCUGCUAUUGCCAAGGAGCGCUACUACAUCCUUAACCGCGGUCACGACACCAACUACACAGGUUGCGGAAACACUGUCAGCGCCAAUGACCCAAUGACCUGCGAGUGGAUUGUAGACUGUCUUUGCUACUGGGUGGAGGAAAUGCACGUGGACGGUUUCCGUUUCGACCUGGCUUCCGCGCUCACCCGCGGAGGAGACGGCAAGGUCUCCAUGGAUCCUCUGCUCAUGCGGAAGAUGGCCCAGGAGCCCAAGCUCUCGCGGGCCAAGUUCAUCGCGGAAGCGUGGGACUGCUCCUGGCCAGACGGUUACCUCGUGGGUAAAUUUCCAUCUGGUGGGCCUCCGAGAUGGGCCGAGUGGAACGGUAUCUUCCGAGAUACCAUCCGAUGUUUCAUCAAAGGUGAUGUGGGGAAAACAGGGGACUUCGCGACGAGGAUUUGCGGGAGCUCUGACCUUUUCAAGCACAAUGGCAGAAAGCCGUUCCACUCGAUCAACUUCAUCACAGCCCACGACGGAUUCACUCUGAAGGAUCUGGUGUCUUACAACGGGAAGCACAACACGUGCAAUGGUGAGAACAGUGGCGACGACCACAAUAACUCCUGGAACUGUGGUGCAGAGGGUGACACAGGCGAUGGGCACGUCAAGCAUCUUCGCCAGAGGCAGAUGAGGAACUUUAUGGUGGCUCUCUUCAUGAGUGCCGGAACUCCAAUGAUCCUUUAUGGAGAUGAGUAUGGGCGAUCCCAGAAAGGUUGCAACAACGGCUGGUGCCAAGACGCCCGUUGCUGGUUUUCCUGGAGCGAUGCAGCCAAAGAGGACAGCAAGCUGAACCGCUUCGUUCGGCUACUUAUCAACUUGAGGAAGCAAUACUCCGGAAUAUUUAACCGGACGGAGUUCUUGACCGGCAAGGACAUUUGGUGGCGUGUACAUUGGGACGAUCCAUACAACUACAUCUGCUACGUUUUGCACGACCAUCACGCCACGGGAAAGGGCUAUGCUGGACUCUUGGUUGCCUUCAAUGCCGGCCACGAGGUUCGAUCGUGCGAUUUGCCGGCUGACAAGCCAUGGUACCGAAUCAUCGACACCAACCUGCCGCCACCGAAUGAUAUCUGCGAGAACGAGGCCUCGUCGGUCAAGAUCAGUUCGCAAAGCUACGUGAUGCAACCGUACAGCUGCAUCGUUCUCAAGACGUAUUCGGACAAAGCGUCCAUCAAGCAGUAUGCGUCAGGCGACGCCGAGUAUGGCGCCGAUCAGGACAUCAACGCGCACAUGAAGGCGGUCAUCACGCGGCGCAUGUCCAUGGAGUUCACGUCGACUGUGGAAGGACCAUCUUUAGAAGAAGUGGGUCGGAAGCAGAGCGACGAAGCCAUGGGCCGGGUGGCAUCGAUGGUGCGCAUGCGAUCUUUGAUGUCAGGCGCCUUCCUCGAGCUCUUGGGCGAGGACGGCCAACCUGCUGUCUUGGAGGAGGAGACACCUGAGGAGGCGGCGAUGAGCGAAGAAAUACAGUCGCCGGUGGAGGAGGAGGGCCAAAGCCCGGUGGUGGAGGAAACACCCGAGGAGGCGGCGAGCGCCUCACCCAUGAGCGACGAAAUGCACUCGCCGGUGGAGGAGGAGGACCAAUCCGCCUUGUUGGAGGAGACGCCUGAGGAAACGGUGAGCGCUUCGCCCCUGGCCGAGCCAGUGCCCUCAGCAGCGCAGGAGGAGUUUAUGGAAGACUUCUUCCAGCAGCAUGCGACGAUCCCGGCAGAAAUGCUGGGUGAUGCCAUGCAUCUUCUGAACAUGAACCCCACUGCAGAUGAGGUGACGGAGCGCCUCGCCAGCUGCGGCAGCCCGGCGACCCUGAGCUUACCAGCGUUCCGAAGCUUGCUGCAGGAGGCCAUCCGUGAUUGGAGCUCCCGGGAGGCAGCUUCCCUGGAUGAGUCCUGCUGA